UCCUCGAUAGCACCACAGUCAUUCCCAACCCUGAGCCGCGCCAAAUACUGAACUACGGUUUUUCUCUUUGCUGAUAACAUCACUCACAAAUCAUUGGUAGCACAAAAGCUUCGGACGAUUCCUGAGUUGUGCUCUCUAAGAUUUCACGGUUUCAGCUCCAAUUGAGAUGGCGGAGGAGAAUCCAUCCAACUUAAAGGAGGAGAUUCCCGAGCUUGUUCCGUUCGAUCCAUCUAGGAAAAAGAAGAAGAAGAAGGUGGUAAUCCGAGAUCCUAAUGAGGAGGCGGACAAGCUAGCUGAGAACACUGAAAAUUUAUCAGUUGCUGAUACACCGGAGCCUAACUUUGUUGGUAUGAAGAAGAAGAAGAAGAAACAGGUGGAAACCGACUUCUUAAUUGAAGACAAGGAGAACUUUGAUGAUGGGGAGGAUCAACAAUAUGAUCAAAUUGGAGAUGAUGAAGAAGGUGAGGGAAUUGUUCUUGAAAGUGCAAGAUAUCCUUGGGAAGGCACGGAUCGAGAUUAUAAAUAUGAUGAGCUUUUGGAUAGAGUGUUCAAUAUCUUGCGAGAAAAUAAUCCUGAACUUGCUGGAGACCGGCGUCGAACAGUUAUGAGGCCACCACAGGUUCUUAGGGAAGGAACGAAGAAGACAAUACUUGUGAACUUGAUUGAUCUGUGCAAGACAAUGCAUAGACAACCAGAACAUGUAAUGAUGUUCUUACUUGCUGAAAUGGGAACUAGUGGAUCGCUCGACGGGCAACAAAGAUUGGUUGUAAAGGGAAGGUUUAUUCCCAAAAAUUUUGAGGGUAUCUUAAGAAGAUAUGUUAAUGAAUAUGUUAUAUGCAAUGGAUGCAAAAGUCCAGACACGAUACUGUCUAAAGAGAAUCGUUUGUUCUUUCUGCGUUGUGAGCAGUGUGGCUCUUCUCGAUCAGUUGCUCCAAUCAAGGCCGGCUUUGUUGCUCGUGUCGGUCGCCGUAAAGCGGUUGCUUGAUUCACCCAUGAUUGCUUUGCCGUGAAUUUUUUCAAGCAUUCGAGCCGAUUCGACAUUUGAACCAUGUAUUUCUCUCCAAGUUUUUUUGUGCUUUGUUGUUCCUUUUUUUUAUCUUAAAUGGUGAAUUGAUGCAAUGAGCUGCUGGAUGUUGAUUGUUAAGUUACAGAAUUACUUAAGAAAAUGCUGCCUGCUUCUAUUACUGUUGUUCAAAUGCUGUCCUUUAAACAAAGAUAUAAAUGUUAGAAGAAUAAUUUGCAACAU